CACCAAGCAGCUCUUGCCGUCCCUGACGAACCUCAACACCUUUUGGGCGUAGUUGUCGUUGCCACCUACACAAAACUGUUUCUUGAACUUGAUAUCGAUGGUGUUGCCGUACUUGGCGAUCCGAAUGACUAAUGUUAGUGGAACCGACGGGAAUGGAGCCAGGCAGAGUCAGACACACACUUUACAGACAACAGACCAUUGGGAUGCUGAACGACCAGGCAGAGUCACAGACAUCAAAGACUACCAUUGGAUUGGCUAUGCUGGCCACGAUACCGGCUGGACUCGCCACAACGCCACCAACUGGCCCUGGUUGCACUAUGGCUGCUGCUGUCUGUGUGCCAAACAGGCCGUGUCUGCUGCUGCCGCCGAAUUUGCUCUGUGGCAGCCAGUCGCAAGAGACCGGCUGCUAACCUCAGAUCACAUACCUCGGACGCCUCCGCUUUCCUGACACGACACUAAGAGAUCCAUACUGGGUAUGGUUGGUAAAAGAACAGGAUAUAUUUGCGGAUCGCGGGGUGUGGGGAUUAUCACACGGGAUUAGGGGGAAGCGGUCAGGGAAAAAUAGGGAGGGGGAGGUAGUGAGGGAGGGUAGGAGAAAUAGUGGGAGACUCGAGUAGUGCGAGACGGUGGUGGGAGAA